CAGAACGGAUGAAUUAUUUUUAAUUAUAAACGCGGCCACAUAAAUAGUUGGAAAAGAAAAUGCAUUUGUGCAAGCGAAAAGCAAAGCGAAAAUAUGGCCUGUAAAUUAUAUCAUAAUUGUGAAAGUGUUGACCACGCGUCCGUGGCAAAGGCAAUGUGAAAAAGGAGUUCAAGUGGGAGUAAAAAUCAAUCGAAAGCAAGAAAAAUUGCAUUUCGCUGCCAGCUAGCCCCCGAAUCCGGAAAAUAAAGUGGAGUUGUAGUAGUGGAACACAAAUAUUAAUAGUGGGGUGCAUGUGUAAAGAAAGAAAAAAAGAAGCAGCAGCUGCAGAAAUAGCAAAAGGAGACAGCGACCGACGACCGCCGAGCGUAAUAAAGCGUUGAAAAAAUGAGUUCAAGUUGUGAAAGAAUAGAAUGGGUAGAAAUUAUCGAGCCACGGACCAAGGAGCAUAUGUACGCCAAUCUAACAACUGGCGAGUGUGUCUGGGAUCCACCCGAGGAUGUGCCAAUUAAGCGCACCGACUCAUCGCAAUGGUGGGAAUUGUUUGAUACGAAUACGCAGCGCUUCUAUUACUAUAAUGCGGCCACGCAGAAGACCGUUUGGCAUCGGCCGAGCAAGUGUGACAUCAUUCCGCUGGCCAAGCUGCAGACGCUCAAACAGAACACUGAUCCCAGCGAGCGACGGGAGCAGCAGACAACGCCGCAGAAGCAACCGCCGCAGCAUCAGCAGCAGCAACAGCAGCCAUCGCCCAUGUCGGCUGCGAAUAAGAAGGGGCGUGGCGGACAGCGUGGCAAUGGCGUUGUCGCCAGCUCCGAGGAGAAACUGGGCAGCAGCCCAGCGACGGCGACCAACUCUGAAAUGAUCUCUAGUCCACGGGGCCGUCAAAGUUUUCGCGUCGGCACCGGUGACUCAUCCCGUUCGAUGGACAUGCAACAGUCGCCGCAGCAGCAGCAGCAGCCGCAUCAACCGGCCUACGCCUCCCGACGGUCGCAAGACUCUUGCAAUCACUACAAGGAAUCGGGCAAGUCAAGCGAUUCGAGUCUGUCCAGUGCGCAUGGCUAUCGUCGCUUCAAUGAUGCCUCCAAUGGUGGUGCACCCCCCGUUGCCAGUGAUGCAUUGCGACUGGGCUCAUUGCAGAAACAGCAACGCAGUGGCAAGGAUAAUGGCGCCUUUGAAAUGUUGCAAGAGAGCACCAGUUCACAUAAUUUACCGCAUGGCUCGUCCUCGUCCUCAUCGUAUGUUGGUGGUAGUGUUGCCGUCGUUGAUAGCAACAAGUACUUUGAUCAUCAGCUACUGCCCAGCCACAUGCAGGGCUAUUGCUCCUCCAAGUCAUCCGAUAUUGCCUCACCCACACAUUCGAUACAUACGCCACAGGCGCAGAAGAAGAAGAUAUCACCAGAUGCCGAUCGUCAGUACAACUACGCACAACAACACCAACAACAACAACAGCAGCAGCAGCAGCAACAACAACGCAGCGCACAACGUGGUGGAGGAGGAGGAGGAGGAGGAGGCGUGCCCAGCGUGAUUCCCUCUUCCGGCAAAUCCUUUGCAGCAGCUAUGGGCGAUCGCGAAUACAAGGUGUCGCUGGCGCGUUCCGGCAGCUUUCUGUCCUCCCUUAAUCCGACCGCCGCUGGACAUCACAGCAAAUCCUAUCGCAAGAGCAGCGCUGAGGCAAACGGCAGUGGUGGCAUCGGCGCCGGCGGAGGCGGCGGUGGUGGUGGUGGUGGUGGUGGUGGUUAUGGUGGUGCCGCCAGCGAUGAUUCAAUGCACGAGAAAUACUUCAAGUCUGUGGAGAAUACACCGCUCUGCCGACGCCGUCACACGACCAAUGCGAAGGGCCAUGGCGGUGGUGCGGCCAGUGGCAGCAAUACGGCGACCAGCACCGCUGGCAGCAACAGCAGCGGCCACAAGAAGCACUCGAGCGACUCCAGUCCCCAGAGUCCCAUCAGUCCGCAGACGAAGAGUUCGCGUCAGGCAAAAACCAGCUCCACAAAUCCGCCGCCGCAAUUGCAACUGCAGCAGCAGCAUUCGCCUCGCAUACAGGAGCCCAGUAGCUGUGGCCCCCUAGAUCUGCUCAGUUUGGAGCGCAUGUCGCUGGGGAAAACGGCGCCGAUUUCACCGAGCGCUGGCUCCGAUAAUCUCGGCAUGCUGACGCACUCAUCGAGGGGCUCCAAUGACUCGGCGGCCAGGCGACAGAAAUCGAAUAACUCCACAGCUAAUCGAUCGCAAACGCAUCAUUUUCCCGGCCAGGGUUCGUUGAGGCACAGCGCCAGCUCCAGCCUGGAUAAGCGACAGGGCUAUCAUCCCCUACAGAACGCCGGUGAGAAGCGUGACUCGCGUCGCUCCAAGUCGCACCAGCAGCAUCAUCAGCAUCUGCAGGCGGACAACAGCGAUGUGGAGUACGACAAUGGCAACAUUUCGCCGCUGUAUAGCAACUGUGGCCAGGAGAUGCCACAUCUGCUGCCACUUAAGCACUACAUCAUCGAGCAGGCGAAGCUUUUUGGUCGCUACGAUUAUGGUGCCGAUGGCGAUGGUGCCGGUGACUCGGAUUCGUAUCACUCGGAUAGUCAGUCGGAGCAUUCGCUGUCGGGCCAUGAGCCGGACAAUGAGGAUUCGGAUGGUGGCUCAGAUACGCAUGGCGGCUACUUGGAGCACAAUUAUGGCAUGAUCGAUGACUAUGCCAAUAUGGGCGACAGCGUCUCCUACUAUGCCUAUCAGUAUCCGCCCUACGAUCCAGCUGGACGCGAAGAUAUCUCCGACAACGUUGAGGCCGUGCUGGAGGGCAUUGGCGGCAAUACGGAGACAGUUGCGGCGCCCAAGCCGAAGCCCCGCUAUCAGAUCUCGUACUAUGACACCGUCUCGCACAGUCCCUCCUCGUCGUCGGGUCAGGGCCAUCAUCCGUACAACCAUCAGCACAACCAGCAGCUCUACUCGAAUACGCCAUCGUAUCCGUUUGGCGGUCAUGCACAUGGGUUGGGCCAGCCACCGCCGCCGCCACAUCAGCAACAGCAACAGCAGCAGCAGUUGCUGCACUUGGAUGCCAGCGAUGCGUCGAGCGCCAAACAGAAGCAAUCACAGACAUUGCCCUCGCCCAAUCGUCAAAUCUCGCGCCUAGCCGCCGGUCAGCUAACCAAAGAUGAGCCCAAUCAUGGCCAGCAGCAGCAACACUCGCAGCAACAAUCGCAGCAGCAAUCGCAACAGCUACAACAACACUUGGCCACUGCGAAUACAGCACAGUCGUCGGCGGGCGGCAGCAGUUUAAGCCGUGGCGUCAAUCAUAAGUUGGCGCCACCGUCGCUAAAGCCCACCAUACAGCAGAUUUUUCCGCCCAGCGAACGUGCGCCCGGCGCCACAACGUUGGCCUGCAUGAAGGAAUGUGAUAUUGAGAAGUUUGCCGCCGACAAUCUGAAUCUGCACUCCAAGGGCAUCUUUCGCAAAAAGGCGUCCGUGCGCGACAUGCUCAGCUGGACGGCGGAGGCCAUCAGUCGGCCCAUGUUGGCCCUCUCACGCGACAAAGCCGACAAGAAGACGGCCAUUGAGCUGUUCAAGCUGGUGCAAAUCUACAUGGGAGAUCGCAAGGCGCGCCUCGGCAUGAGCCUCAACUCGGUGGCCAUUGACAUCAUUACCGCCUCCCUGCCACAGCAGCAAUUACGCGAUGAGCUUUAUGUGCAACUGUGUCGCCAGACCACGGAGAAUCCCAAGCGCGAGUCACUCAUACGCGGCUGGGAGCUGAUGGCCAUCUGUUUAUCCUUUGUGCCGCCCUCGCCCACAUUUCAGCCCACGCUGCUCAACUACGUGAAUCGUCAUCGUGAUCCCUCGUUUGCCACUGGCUAUCUGGAGGUCUGCAAAUGGCCCAUACACGUUCAGAUCUCGCAUUAUGCGACUGUUUGCUGUCGUCGUCUGGAUCGCAUUGGCAGCAGCGGCCGUCGCUUGGCCAAGAAGCCCACCGAGGACGAAGUGGAACAGGCGCGGCAACAAAUCCUCCGGAACAGCAUGUUUGGCAAUACACUCUCCGAGAUAAUGGAGCUGCAAAAGGAUAAAUAUCCAGGGCGCAAAUUACCAUGGAUACAAACAACGCUCGCCGAGCAUGUGUUGCUGCUCAAUGGCAAACAAACGGAGGGCAUUUUUCGUGUAUCCGCCGAUGUGGAUGAGGUCAAUUGCAUGAAGAAUCGCUUGGAUCGGUGGGAUGUUCCUGAUUAUAAGAACACUAUGAUUGAUGCACAUGCGCCCGCUAGUCUAUUUAAGCUGUGGUAUCGCGAACUGUACGAUCCGCUUAUACCGGAUGAUUAUUAUGAGGAUUGCGUGAAUACCGAGGAUCCCGAUAAAGCCAAAGAAAUAGUUAAUAAGUUGCCACAAAUCAAUCAAUUGGUCCUAACGUAUUUAAUACACUUUUUGCAACAAUUCUCCGUACCGGAGGUGGUUACCUGCACCAAAAUGGAUUCAUCGAAUCUGGCCAUGGUAUUUGCGCCAAACUGCUUGCGCUGCACUUCGGAUGAUCCCAAGGUGAUACUGGAGAAUGCGCGCAAGGAGAUGUCCUUUAUACACGUCUUAAUAAAGCACAUGGACACCACACAUGUGACCAAUCUGGUCUAGAGAGCUUUGAUAGCUACACCGCUUAGGUCUAAAACAAACUAACCAAUACCAAUGAGCAUACCUAUAUAUAUAUAUAUAUAUAUAUAUAU